AAGGGUACAAGGGCUGUCAUGGGGUGCUUUGGAGGUGCAGAAGGGUUGUAGCGGGGGAUUAUAGGAUUGCAAUGAGGCUUAUAGGGGUACAAGGGCUGUCAUGGGGUGCUUUGGGGUAGAAUAGGGCUGCAUUGGGGGUUAUAGGACUGCAGUGGAGGUUAUAGGGCUGCAGUGGGGGUUGUAGGGGUCUAAGGGCUGUCAUGGGGUGCUUUGGAGGUGCAGUAGGGCUGCAGUGGGGUUAUAGGAGUACAAGGGCUGUCAUGGGGUGCUCUGGGGGUGCAGUAGGGCUGCAGUGGGGGUUAUAGGACCACAAUUGGGGUUAUUGGGGUGCAGUGUAGGAUUUGGGUUGCCAUAGCCCCAUGAAGGGCUCUCAGGGAUGCUAUAGGUUCCUCAGGGAGGUGUGGGGCCGGGUCGGGGUGCCGUUUUGGGGCAGAUCAAGGGGGUGUUGCCGUUGGAGAUUUGGGGCAGGGACUCUUUCCCCCAUAACACGCAGUGACCCCAUAGGGUGACCAUGGUGACCCCGGCGCUGCUGAGGUUGGACACGGACGAGCAGGUGGUGCUGGAGGCUCCGGGUUUGUCCUCCCCCACCGAGGCCAACAUCCUGGUGCAGGAUUUCCCCCAAAAGCGCAAAGUCCUCUUCCAGAUCCGCAAGCAGCUCAACCCCGCAGAGGGGAUGAUGACCACCGCCACCAUCAAGGUGCCGGUCAAGCUGCUGCCACAGGUGGUGGGGAAGCACUUUGUCUCGGUGGUGGCACGGGUGGGACAGGUGACCCUGGAGAAGGUGCUGCUGGUGUCCCUACAGAGCGGCCACAUCUUCCUGCAGACCGACAAACCCAUCUACACCCCCGGCUCCACCGUGCUCUGCCGUCUCUUCGCCCUCAGCCCCUUCAUGCAGCCUCUGCUGAAGACGGUGAUCGUGGAGGUCAAGACACCCGAUAACGUCAUCAUCAAGCAAGUGCCCGUGUCCUCCCCCAAGAGGAAUGGGAUCUUCUCCAUCAACCACAACCUGCCGGAGGUGGUCAGCCUGGGGACGUGGACUAUCACGGCCAAAUUUGAAGACUCGCAGGACCAGGUCUUCAGCACGCAAUUUGAGGUCAAGGAAUACGUGCUGCCAAGCUUUGAGGUGACCCUGGAUCCACAGGAGAAGUUCCUCUACAUUGACCGGCAGGAGGAUUUCCGGGUGUCCAUCACAGCCAGGUACCUGUAUGGGAAGAAUCUGCAGGGGACAGCCUUCGCCCUCUUUGGUGUGAUGGUGGAUGAUGAGAGAAAGACCAUCCCCCAGACCCUGCAGCGCAUCAAGGUGACUGAUGGGGACGGAGAGGCCGUGCUGCCCAUGGCCAUGCUGCGGCAGCGCUUUGCCAACCUCCAGGAGCUGGUGGGACACUCGCUCUACGUCACCGUCACCGUCCUCACCGAGUCAGGCAGUGACAUGGUGGAGGCACAGCGCAGCGGCAUCAGCAUCGUGACGUCCCCAUACACCAUCCACUUCACCCACACCCCCAAGUACUUCAAGCCAGGGAUGCCCUUCGAUCUGACGGUUUAUGUCACCAACCCCGAUAAUUCCCCGGCUCCACGCAUCCCUGUCAAGGCUGACAACUUCCAGGGCCUCGUCUCCACCCAGCGAGAUGGCAAAGCCAAGCUGGUCCUCAACAUGCCAGCCAACAAGAACUCUGUCCCCAUCACCGUGAGGACAGCCCAGAAGGAUCUGCCCCCGGAGCGCCAGGCCUCGCAGCAGAUGGUGGCCGAGGCGUACCAAAGCCAGGGGAACUCUGGCAACUACCUGCACCUGGCGGUGGGUGCUAGCCAGGUACAGCCCGGGGACAACCUCCCCGUCAACUUCCAUCUCAAGAGCAACAGAGAGGAUGUCCGUAAAUCCGUUUCCUACUUCACCUACCUGAUCCUGAGCAAGGGACACAUUGUCCACGUGGGACGGCAGCCAAGGGAAGGUGACCAGAGCCUGGUCACUAUGUCACUUCCCGUGACGGCCAACCUCAUCCCUUCUUUCCGUAUCGUUGCCUACUAUCACGUGAAACCUGGCGAGAUCGUGGCUGAUUCGGUCUGGGUCGAUGUCAAGGACACCUGCAUGGGCAGUCUGGUGGUGAAGGGAGCAUCGGAGGCCGACAAUCGUGUGCACGAGCCGAGGACCCCCAUGCGGCUGCGCAUAGAGGGCGACCACAAAGCCCACGUGGGGCUGGUGGCCGUGGACAAGGCUGUCUAUGUCCUCAACAAGAACAAACUCACCCAGAGUAAGGUGUGGGACACAGUGGAGAACAGUGACAUCGGCUGCACCCCGGGCAGUGGGAGGGACCACGUGGGGGUCUUCGCCGAUGCUGGCCUCAGCCUGGCUACAAAUGUGAACAUCAAAACGGAGCAGAGAGGUGAGGUCCAAUGUGCCAAACCUGCGAAGCGCAAGCGCCGCUCCGUGAAGCUCAUCAAGUACAAAGGCACCAAGAUGGCCGAGUACGAUGACAAGAACCUGCGCAAGUGCUGCGAGGAUGGCAUGAAGGAAAACCUGAUGGGCUACAGCUGUGAGAAACGGGCCACUUACAUCCUCGAUGGCAAAGCCUGCACUGAAGCCUUCCUCAACUGCUGCCUCUACAUCAAGGGCAUCCGCGACGAGGAGCGCGAUCUGCAUUACGAGCUGGCUCGAAGUGAGGUGGAUGAUGCCUUCCUGGCUGAUGAAGACAUCACUUCAAGGAGCCUCUUCCCAGAGAGCUGGCUGUGGCAGGUGGAGGAGCUGACAGAACCGCCCAAUGAACUGGGCAUCUCCACUAAGACGCUGCCCAUAUACCUGAAAGACUCCAUCACCACCUGGGAGGUCCUGGCUGUCAGUCUCUCUGAGAAGAAGGGGCUGUGCGUGGCCGACCCCUAUGAGAUUACAGUGAUGAAGGAGUUCUUCAUCGACCUGCGCCUGCCCUACUCGGCGGUGAGGAACGAGCAGGUGGAGGUCCGCGCCAUCCUCUACAACUACUGGAAGAGCAAGAUCAAGGUGCGCGUGGAGCUGAUGUACAACCCAGCCCUGUGCAGCGCAUCCACCUCCAAGACGCGCUACCAGCAGAUCUUACAGCUGGAGCCUCAGUCGUCGCACGCCGUGCCCUUCGUCAUCGUGCCCUUGCAGCUGGGGCAGCACGACGUCGAGGUGAAGGCGGCCGUCUGGGAGAGCUUUGUGUCUGACGGUGUCAAGAAGAAGCUCAGAGUGGUGCCCGAAGGGAUGAGGCUGGAGAAGACAGUGAAGAUAGUUGAGCUUGACCCAAAGACGUUGGGAAACAACGGUGUGCAGGAAGUGAAGGUGAAAGCAGCAAACCUCUCUGACAUCGUCCCCAACACCGAGUCGGAGACCAAAGUCAGCAUUCAAGGCAACCCUGUGUCCAUCCUGGUGGAGAAAGCCAUUGAUGGGACCAAGCUGAAACACCUCAUUGUGACCCCGUCGGGCUGUGGGGAGCAGAACAUGAUUGGGAUGACACCCACUGUCAUUGCUGUCCACUACCUGGACAGCACGAUGCAGUGGGAGACCUUUGGUAUCAACCGCCGUGCUGAGGCCAUCGAGUUGAUUAAAAAGGGUUACACCCAACAGCUUGCGUUCCGCAAAGACGACGGCUCAUUUGCUGCCUUCACUAACCGCCCAUCCAGCACCUGGUUGACAGCCUACGUGGCCAAGGUCUUUGCCAUGGCCAUCAACAUGGUGGACAUCAAGCCGGAGGUGGUUUGUGGUGCCAUCAAAUGGCUCAUUCUGGAGAAGCAGAAGCCAGAUGGGCUUUUCCAAGAAGAUGCUCCUGUCAUCCAUAAGGAGAUGGUGGGAGGCUACCACGGUGCUGAGCCCAGUGUGUCCCUGACAGCCUUCGUCCUCUCGGCGCUGCAGGAAUCCCAGAAGAUCUGCAAGAACUACGUGAAAAGCUUGGAUGGGAGCAUUGCUAAAGCCUCCGAUUACCUCUCCCGGAAAUAUCAAUCUCUGACUCGACCCUACACGGUGGCCCUGUCUUCCUAUGCCCUGGCCCUAACGGGGAAACUCAACAGCGAGAAAGUUCUGAUGAAGUUCUCCAAAGAGGGCACCCACUGGGCGGAACGCAACGCCCACACCUACAACAUCGAGGGGACAUCCUACGCUCUGCUGGCGCUGCUGCAUAUGGAGAAGGCUGAGCUGACGGGGCCGGUGGUCCGCUGGUUGGCCCAGCAGAACUACUUUGGUGGUGGCUAUGGAUCCACCCAGGCCACCAUCCUGGUGUUCCAGGCUCUGGCUCAGUACCACGUAGCUCUGCCAAGGCAGUCGGAGCUCAACCUGGACGUGUCGGUGCUGCUGCCACGCCGCGCCAACGCCAUCACCUACCGCAUCGAGAACAGCAACGCGCUGGUGGCGCGCUCAGCUGAGACCAAGCUGAACGAGGACUUCACUGUGAAAGCAGAGGGCACGGGCAAGGGGACAAUGACAGUGGUGACCGUCUACAAUGCCAAAGUGCCCGAGAAAGAAAACAAGUGUGACAACUUUGACCUGCGGGUCAAUGUGGAGGACGUGAAGACGGCCCGGGACCUGGAAGGUGCCAUCCGCUCUGUCAAGAUCACCAUCUGCACCAGGUUCCUGGACACCGUGGAUGCCACCAUGUCCAUCCUCGAUAUCUCCAUGCUCACCGGCUUCUCUCCUGACGUCCAGGACCUGAAGAGUCUCUCGGAGGGAGUGGAGAGGUACAUUUCCAAAUUUGAGAUCGACCACGCGCUGUCGAACCGCAGCAACCUCAUCAUCUACCUGGACAAGAUCUCCCACCAAGUGGAGGAGUGCAUCGCCUUCAGGGCCCACCAGCACUUCCAGGUGGGACUGAUCCAGCCUGCCUCCGUCAGUGUCUACAGCUACUACAAGAUCGAUGAUCGCUGCACCCGCUUCUACCACCCGGACAAGGAUGGUGGGCAGCUGAGGAAGAUCUGCCACGGGGAUGUGUGCCGCUGUGCUGAAGGUGACGUGGGGACACGGGGACGUGGGGACAGAGUGUCCCCUUCCAUAUGUCUCAUGUCACCCAUUUUCCCAGUCCCCAAAUGCUUCCCGUGUCCCCAUGUCCGUCUCCAAUCCUUCUCUAUGUCUCCAUGUGAUGGGACAUGUCACUGCCAUGAUGGGACACGUCAUUGUUGUGACAGGACAUGUCACUGCCAUGAUGGGAUGUCAUUGUUGUCAUGGGACACGUCAUUGCCAUGAUGGAAUAUGGCAUUUCCAUGAUGGGACAUGUUGUUGUUGUGACAGGGCAUGUCAUUGCCUUGAUAGGACAUGUCAUUACCAUGAUGGAAUAUGUCACUGCCAUGAUGGGACAUGUCAUUGUUGUGACAGGACAUGUCAUUGCCAUGAUGGGACAUGUCAUUGCCACAAUAAGGUGUCA